AUGAAGCGGCAGAACCUGCGCACGGCCGCGCUCAUCCUCUGCAUCUUCUCGUACCUGCUGGUGGGCGCCGCCGUCUUCGAUGCGCUGGAGUCGGAGGCGGAGAGCGGCCGCAAGCGGCUGCUGGAGCAGAAGCGGGGGGAGCUGCGGAGGAAGUACCGCUUCUCCGCCGAAGACUACCGGGAGCUGGAGCGGCUGGUGCUGCAGGCCGAGCCGCACCGCGCCGGGCGGCAGUGGAAGUUCGCCGGUUCCUUCUACUUCGCCAUCACGGUCAUCACCACCAUCGGCUACGGGCACGCUGCCCCGGGCACGGAUGCUGGCAAAGUUUUCUGCAUGUUCUACGCCAUCCUGGGCAUCCCCCUGACGCUGGUCAUGUUCCAGAGCCUGGGGGAGCGCAUGAACACCGUUGUGCGGCUACUGCUCAAGAAAAUCAAGAAGUGUCUGGGCAUGAGGACAACCAAUGUCUCCAUGGAGAACAUGGUCCUAGUCGGCUUUCUGUCCUGCAUGGGGACCCUGUGCAUCGGCGCAGCAGCCUUCUCUUAUUUCGAGGGCUGGACUUUCUUUCAUGCCUAUUACUACUGCUUCAUAACUUUGACCACUAUUGGCUUUGGAGACUUUGUUGCUCUGCAGAAGAACGAGGCUUUGCAAAAGAAGCCCCCAUAUGUGGCUUUCAGCUUCAUGUACAUCCUGGUGGGCCUGACCGUCAUCGGCGCCUUCCUCAACCUGGUGGUGCUGCGGUUCCUGACGAUGAACUCUGAGGACGAGCGGCGGGAUGCUGAAGAGCGAGCCUCGCUGAGGAGAGCCCGGAACAACAUCCACCUCAAGCCGAAAGAGGACAGCCGGAGCAGCAAUGCCAUUUUUCUCCCCGUGGAGGACAGGACGAGCCAGAUGAACCUCAUCCCGCUGAUCCAGGAGGAUGCGGAGAGGCAGCGGCGCCAGUCGGCCAACUCGGCAGCCGCAGUCCCCUCCUUCUGCACGUGCUUGUGCUACAGACCUCAGCUGUGCGGCAGCCCAGUGCCCUCCCACCCCGAGACCCUAAGCUGCCACACCAACCCCGUGUAUUACAACUCCAUUUCCUACAAAAUCGACGAGGUCUCCCUGAGCACGCGGGGUCAGACCGGCUCUUCCCCAGGGAGCACUUUAUCAUCCAACAGCCCUCGCUGCCGGCAACACCCCCGGCUGCGGAGGAAAUCCAUCUAG